AUGAGGAGGCCCCACACUAAGGUGCUCUCUUUCUCCCCUCGCCAAUCUGCUGCUUUUUUGACCCCCUCCCCUACAGCAGCAGCAGCAGCAGCAGAUCCAGCAGCAACAGCAGCAGCAGCUGCGCCUGGAACGGUAGCAGAAGCAGCAAAAGCGGCAGAUACUGCAGCAGCAGAAGCAGCAGCAGCAGCAGAAGCAGCAGCUGCUGCUGCGACGCAUGCAGAGCAGCACCACUGUCUUGUAGAUAAACACACGUGGCAGCUAAACAUCCCCACCUCUCCUCUAGCUGCUGUAGAUAUACUGCAGCAGCAGCAGCAGCAGCAACAGCAGCAGCAGCAGCAGCAGCAGAAAGACAGCAGCAACUUAGAGACACAAAUGCCCUCCCCAUGUGAGGAAGAAGACGCUUGCUGCGGUGGUGGCUGCUGCUGCGGUUGCUGCUGCAGCAGCCCUGGUGUAGGCGACAGCACGCACUGCGGUACUGCUGCUGCUGCUGCUGCUGCUGGUUCAUGCGAGUGCUGCGGCAUGGGAGCAGCAACAGCAGCAACAGGAUGCAUGCAUUGGGCAGAAGAGGAGCAAGAAGAAGAAGGAGACAACUGCAGCAACGGCUGCUGCUGCUGUCAUCAUGAUGACCUUAUAGAUAGUAACGAAGGUCCAUCUACUGCAGCAGCAGCAGCAGGAACAGCAACAGCAGCAGCAGCAGCAGAGAGGAGGGCCCCUCGUGGUCCCUUAGAUAAGACAGUUGUGCUGCAGCGGGAGCUGCAGGAGUUACACCGCAAGCAGCAGCAGCUAUUAGAGAGACACCAGAGGCUGCAGCUGCAGCGCAUGCAGCAGCAGCAGCUACUGCAGCAGCAGCAGCAGCAGCAGCAGAGGGCAGGGAGAAGUUUAAGCCCUGCUGGGGGUCGCUCUCGUAGAGAGCAAAAGAGAGCACCAUGGAACGUAAGCAGCAGCAGCAACUGCAGCAGCAGCAACUGCAGCAGCAGCAACUGCAGCAGCAACAACUGCAGCACGUGCAGCAACAACAUUAGCAUCUACAGCAACAGCAACAGCAGCACAUGCAGCAACACUACAACCAGCACCACCACCAGCACCAUCACCACCACGACGAACAGCAGCAGCAGCAACAGCAGCAGCAGCAGCAGCAGCAGCAGCAGGUGUGUCUGUGUGUCUGUGUUGCAGGGAGACAUGCAUGACAUGGAGGGCCUAAGAGCAACAGCAGCAGAUUUGCUGCUGCGGCGGCUGCGCAGCACGAGCCCUCAUGCUGCUGCUGCUGCUGCUGCCUACAGGGAGAAGCUUGCUGUUAUGGAGACAGACCUAAGACCUUUUGUUGCCCUAUAUAAGGAAAGAUAUAAGGGGCAGCAGCAGCAGCAGCAGCAAGAACUGCAAGAAAGACGCAUGCGUGUUGCUGCAGCAAGAGCAGCAGCAAGCAGCAGCACCAGAAGCAACAGCAACAGACGAUGCAUGCAAGAUCUUGAAUCCAGCAUCAAUCAGCAGCAGCAGCAGCAGCAUUUGCUCAGACAGCAGCAGCAGCAGCGGCACCACCACCACCACCAUCACCAUCACCAGCUGCAGCAGCAGCAGCAGCAGCAGCAGCAGCAGGAUUUGCUGCUGCUGUCCGGCAGCAGCACAGCUCGGGGUGUACGCGGAGAAGCAAAUUGCCGGCGAGGGUCUCCUGUCCCUAGGAGGAGACCCCAUACAGCAACACUAAGGAGACACAGCAGCAGCAGCAGCAGCAGCAACAGCAGCAGCAGCAGCAGCAGCAGUAGCAGUAGUAGUAGUAGAUACAGCAGCAGCAACAGACGAAGACACCGAAGAAGACAUCGUGUUAAGCAUACAUGCAGCAGCUGCUCUGCUGCUGCUGCUGCUGCAGCAGCAGCACAAGCUCAGGUUGCAUUUGGUGCUGCAUAUGCACCGCAGCUGCAGCAGCAGCAGCAGCUAUUGCUGCAGCAGCAACACCAGCAGCAGCUGCUGCAGCAGCAACUGCUGCAGACUUCCCUCCCUGCUGGCUCAAUUAGUGUCCCUUUCUUACCUACACAGCCACUACCGCAGCAGCAGCAGCAGCAGUUGCUUCCGCAGCAACUGCAGCAGCAGCAGCAGCAGCCUAUAUCGUUACAGCAACUGCAGCAGCAACCACUGCAGCAGCAGCAGCAGCAGCAGCAGCAGAUGUCUGAUGUUGAUAAGGAGCUGCAGCUGUUAGAUGAGAUCCAUAGACAGCUGCAGAUGAUAGAACUAGCAGAGACACAGACUAACGAGCAGCAGCAGCAGCAGCAGCAGCAGCAGCAGCAGCAAGUGCAGCAGCAACUGCAGCAGCAGCAGCAGCAGGUUUCCUCGACACCUUUAGAGCUACAGCCGCUGCAGGCAGAGUUGCUGCAGCAGCAGCUGCUGCUGCAGCAACAGCAGCAACUUCUAGAGCAGCAGCUAAGAGAGCUGCAGGAUCAGCAGCAGCUGCUGCAGCAGCAGCAGCAACCACAGGAUGGGUGUCCUAAUAUACAGCAGCAGCAACUGCAGCAGCAGCAGCAGCAGCAACUGCAGCACGAAGAUCCGUUGCUGCUGCCAGCUGCCCCACCUAUGCGUUCGCAUGCACCUCCAGUUAACAGCAGCAGCAGCAGCGGCCCCACAGCUGCAGGUGCGGGCAGCAUGCAGCAGCAGCAGCAGCUGCAGGCGGUGACACCGUUGGUGCAGCAGGAAGCAGCAGCAGUAUUAACUGAAGCUCUGAUGCCAGCUGCUGCUGCUGCAGCAGCAGCAGACUGUGCUGCUGCUGCUGCUGCUGGUAGUGCUGCUCCUACUACUGCUGCUGCCUCACCGCAGUCUGCUCAUGGUAGGCAGGAAGCAGCAGCAGCAGCAGAUGGCACUGCUGCUGCUGCUGGAUGGACGGAGAAUCUGCAGCAGCAGUUGCUGUUGCUGCAGCAGCAGGAGCAGCAGCUGCUGCAGCAGGAGAUGUUUUUGCGUCAGCAGCUGCAGCAAAAGAAAUCUCAAAGGUCGCAGCAAAAGGAAGCUGCUGCUGCUGCUGCUGCUGCUGCUGCUGCUGCUGCUGCUGCUGCUGUUGCAGAUGCAGAAGGGGUGCAGCAGCAACAGCAACAGCAACAGAAGCAGCGCCCUCAAGUACAACAGCAGCAGCAGCAUCGUGAGGCUUUCCUGCUGCUGCAGCAGCAGCAAUGGCACGGUGUCCCGCUGCUGCAGCAGCAGCAGCAGCAAGGAAGCACACAACAUCAUAUAGAACUUAUCUUAGAUGCACAGCGCUGUCUCUAG